GUUUACUACCACCACCUUGGAAACUGUUGUCAUGGAGAAUUGGCCCGUUGGCAACAACAUCUUUCUGGCUGGAGCUGUAGAUGCAGAUUCCGGUCUGAAUUCAAAGUUGGAAUACACCCUCAGGUCGUCCCAAGACACCAGUGGAAUCUUUGGCAUCGAUCAGCACAAAGGUAUUAUCUCUCUACGAAAGCCGACUACACAGUUGAACCGCAGCACAGUGACUCUGACCGUUACAGUGAAGGACUCGGGGGUGCCUCAACGAACAGCAACUAUUGACGUCACUGUCAAGAUUCAAGACGUGAACGACCACACACCCGUGUUCCCCCGCAACGUCUACAGCAUCUCAGUCCUGGAGUCCAAACAGGAGAAUGAAAUAGUCAUGAAGUUUGUGGCGACGGACAUCGAUCAGGGGCGGAAUGGCGAGCUGGUGUACACGAUCAUUCGUGGGAAUGAGAACAAACGCUUUGGAAUCUUUCCGGACGGCACGCUGUACAUCGCACAUGCUUUGGACAGAGAAACGAGAGACAUGUACUCCUUGACGAUACAAGUGCGAGACUGCGGAGACAUGCCACGUGGCUCGGUUGCCAACGUCACCAUCUACGUCCUUGAUGCUAACGACAACAGCCCAGAGUUCAGCAACACUACCUAUGUCUUCUCUGUGCCAGAGAAUCGGCCGGCGGGUACUUACGUUGGCAAAGUGCAAGCCGCUGACAAUGACGUAGAUCAGAACGCCGAGCUGACGUACUCCCUGGUCGACGGCAACACCAACUUCAGCAUCGAUUACGUCACAGGGGCGAUUUACACGAGGCGGUCUUUUGACCGAGAGUACGUCAUGGAGACCAGCAGCGUGGAGUUUUACUCCUUUGACGCCCUGGCGGCGGACGGUGGCACGCCGAAACUUCGCGGCAGAAGCGUGGUGAAGGUCUACGUCACUGACGUCAACGACAAUCCACCGGUGUUCGCACGCGCCCUCUUCAGCACCGUAGUGUCGGAGAACGCCGCCAAAGACUACAACGUCAUCAAAAUGACAGCCACCGACGCCGACAACGGCGCGAACGCCGUUCUGACCUACGCCAUCAUCGCCGGCAACAGCGCGGGGAAGUUUAAGAUCACGGCUGCUACUGGAGACUUAACAGUGGACGGACCACUGGAUCGUGAGACAAAGGACCGUUAUCGGCUGACGGUAGUGGCCAUCGACUCAGGAAACCCUCGCCUCAGUGCCUCGGCGGAAGUUAGUAUCCUGGUGCUGGACUAUAACGACAACGCGCCGGUCAUUACGUCAGUAUUGCGUCAGAAAAGCGUCAGCGAGAUGGCGCCCCUGGGCGACCUGCUGACGACCUUUGAAGGCAGAGACCUAGACGUGGGCAAUAACGCCAAGAUGUUCUUCUCCAUCUACAGUGGCAACGACGACGGGAUGUUCAACCUCGACGGCUACACUGGAAAGCUGUAUUUGGCGCGGCAACUGGACUAUGAGAGCAAGAGGCAGUACCUGCUCAACAUAAGCGUGACGGACGCCGGCUUCCCCUCUCUCUCCUCCUUUAUCUUCUUCACUGUAGAGGUGGUGGACGCCAAUGACAACGCGCCGGAGUUUGUUGACGGUUUCAAAACGAUCAACGUGAGGGAAGACACGAGGAACAGCGAGUUGAUUGCCACGCUCAGUGCAGUGGACCGUGACAGCGGUGACUUCGGUCGGGUUCAGUUCGCCAUUAUCAGCCAGGACCCUGCAGGGCAGACCUUCAGUAUAGACCCGACCUUUGGGAAGAUUCGGGUGACCGGGGAGCUGGACCGGGAAACGACCACCUUCUACCGCCUCGUCAUCACCGCCACAGACCAGGCGAUGCCUCGCUCACUGAGCCACACGACCCAGAAGUCGCUUAACAUCAACAUCAUGGACGUCAACGACAACCCGCCGGUCUUUCGGUCGGCGCCCGCCUAUGUCAUCCCGUCCAAUGCCCGCAGCAACCAGAUCGUAGCCGAAGUCUUUGCAAAUGAUGCUGACCUCGGCGAGAACGCGCACGUGCUGUACUCGCUCCCCAGCGGGUCCACCCUCUUUGCGCUUCAUCCGGACACGGGACAGCUGAGCCUGUUGCGAGUGCUGCCGGCGAUCCCCUACUUCUACACCCUACGCGUCAUGGCGCGAGACAACGGUAGCGAGGUUCAGAGGUCGACGGAGACCAACAUCACUAUCAUCCUGUCGUCAUCGGAGACGGGCCCGGUGUUCGAGAACUCGUUGUACUCGGGAUCGCUGUCGGAGAACAGUUCGCCAGGUACGUCGGUUUUCCGAGUGGCGGCCCCUGGAACCCGCGAGGACGUUGUAGUGGAGUACUACCUGACUGGGAUUAUGUCGGCAGUUAUUCAGCGUGGGGCCAUCUUCGCUGUCCAUCCCACCACAGGCGUGGUAACCAACAGGGUAAUGCUGGACAGGGAAACACUGGGCGACACCUUCACACUGGCCAUUACAGCCGCUGAGCAAGGAGGCAGCACUCCACGCACUCGCACAACAGAGGCCAGAGUGACCUUAAGGGACGUGAACGACACUCCGCCCACCUUCUCCCCGUCUGUGUACAGCCAGCAGUACCCGGAGAACCAGAGAUUCGACCCUUCCGUCGUCAGGGUCAGCUUCUCGGAUCCUGACACGACGCCAUCACAGCUGCGACUACAGCUCUUCGGCAACGGCAGCAGCGACUUCGACAUUCAGAACGACGGCACCAUCGUGGUGGCUCUGAAGCAGCUCGACCGUGAAGUGCAGAGUCUCUACGUCCUAACGGUCACGGCCUCCGACACGGUCUUCACCGCCACGGCUAGCGUCACCAUCACAGUCAGCGACGUCAACGACAACAGCCCCACCUUCACGCGCGCCUUCUACUCCUUCGAGGUGCGCGAGAACGCCGACAUUGGCGCCACCGUUGCCAGGGUGACGGCGUUGGAUGCCGACGAAGGGGAGAACGCGCAGGUUUCCUAUGAGAUGUUGUCCAACUGGGGCAGGGAGGUGUUUCAGCUGGACUCCGUCCUGGGCACGUUCACCCUCAUUGGCAGUCUGGAUUACGAAACGCGACAGCUUUACGCUCUCAACGUCUCCGCCCGCGACAACGGCAGCCCGUCGUUGUCGGGAGUGUCGGUGGUGUACAUGAACAUCCUGGAUGUCAACGACAACCAACCGGAGUUUGAUCCCGCCUCCUACAGUCAAGAGAUCUGGGAAAAUGUCACCGUCGGCUACACGGUCAUCAACGUCAGCGCUACCGACGUCGACUCUGGACGCAAUGGCGAGGUUCGAUAUAGUCUGAUCGGGGAUUCGAACCUUUACUUUAUGAUCGACAUGGUGACCGGAACCAUCCAAACAGCGGCGCCACUGGAUCGCGAGGUACAAAGUUCCUUCAGCCUGGAUGUCAUGGCAACAGACCAGGCAGAAAACCCACAAGACAGAUUGUCCACAGUGACUGUGGUGAAUGUGGUGCUCAAAGACGUCAACGAUUGGGCUCCAGAGUUUAUCAGCGAAAAUGUCACUUCCGUGAAGGAGGAGACGCCCCCUGGCACCGUGGUCUUCACCGUGUCGGCCACCGACCGGGACGCAGGUCUGAACAGCGAGGUGACCUACCGCUUGCUGACCUCAGGCUCGCCCUUCACCUUGAACGGCACCACGGGACAGCUGGUGGUCAGCGCCCCCUUGCGACGCGAGGCGGCGGCCAACUACUCGCUUCUGGUAAUGGCCGCCGACCGCGGGGUCCCGCCCCUGUCCACCUCCCACACCCUGACCAUAAUCAUCAAAGACGUGAACAACAACCCGCCAGCCUUCAGCCAGGCGGCCUACGAGACCUCGGUGGCGGAGAACAUCACUGUAGGAGCCAGCCUCCUGCGUGUCGUGGCCACGGACCUCGACGAAGGCCUCAACGGCGUCGUGCGCUACUUCGUCACCGGCGGCGACGACAGCUUCGACUUCGUGCUGGACGGCGCCAGCGGCGUGCUGCGCGUGCAGAAGAACCUGGACUACGAGCGACUGAGCAACUACACCCUGAAAGUGGUGGCGGAGGACAGCGGUGUAGAGGAGACCCUCACCAGCACGGCCAUCAUCCGCAUUCGUGUCACCGACGUCAACGACUUUCAGCCCGUCUUCGACGACUCGCCCUACGUCGCCUACGUGCAGGAGGAGGUGCUGGAGGUGCCGGUGGAGGUGGUCACCGUGCGCGCGCGCGACGAGGACUCGGACCGCAAUGGCCUGGUAUCGUACCAGCUGCGGGACACGGGUACUGGGGUUGGCAACAUCUUCCGCAUCCACCCGCAGACCGGCCUCAUCACCGCACUCAUCCCCCUCGACCGGGAGGCGGUGCCUGUCUACGUCCUCACAAUCAUCGCAGUGGAUGGAGGCAUCCCAUACCCACUAACUGGCACAGGAACUGUCACAGUGUAUGUCAAGGAUGUCAAUGACCAUGCCCCAGUGUUUGCCACUGCCACCCCCUACGUGGGGAACGUGGUGGAAAAUGGGAAUAUUGGUCAGGUAGUCACUACUGUCACUGCCACAGACUUGGAUGAAGGAGUCAAUGCACAGAUAUUGUAUAGCUUGGGAGAGGCUUACAGUGACCUUUUCACUGUCUUGCCUAACACCGGACAGAUUAUUGCUAUGCAACCCUUGGACCGUGAACAACAGGCAGAAUACAACUUAGUUGUCAUAGCAAAAGAUCAAGGAAUCCCUAUGACAUCAUCUUCAUGCAAUGUUGUGGUCUAUGUUGAUGAUGUAAACGAUAAUGCACCCCAGUUUGAACUCGCAUCUUACACUCGAAAUAUAUUGGACCCAACCAACCCAGGUGACUUUGUCAUCGGUGUUACGGCUGUGGAUCCUGAUAGUGGCAACAAUGGCAGAGUGGUGUACAGGUUUCUGAAUACAGACAUCCCUUUUUCCCUCAGUCCUGAGACUGGUGUAAUCACUGCUGCGCAGAAGUUGAGUGGUGGGGAAAAAUAUUCCUUUCAAGUGCUUGCUUCAGACCUGGGUUUGGUACCACAGAAUCAAACAGUAUCUGUUACAGUACAAUUACAGCAAAUCGCUGGAAGCCCACCUGCUUUUAGUGAAUUCCCACAAACCCUUCGUAUAAGGGAAAAUUCUGCAAAGUACACUGGGGUGACAACUGUUAAUGCCGUAACCUCACGUAGCAGUCGUGUCUCUUACUACAUUGCUGGUGGUAAUGUUAAUUCUGCCCUGGCCAUCAAUGAAAGCAAUGGGACUAUCACUGUGGUAGGACUCAUUGACUAUGAAGUAGCAAGCUCAGUCACUCUCUGGUUAGAAGCCCGUGACAUGGCAACACCCUUCACUGUCAACUUACAAGCAGCUGUCGAUAAAGCAACUGAUAUAGACUCUGGUGUGAAUGGACAGAUAGAGUUUCGCAUUGCCUCUGGCAAUGAAAACAACACCUUCGGAAUCAACAGCUCCUCGGGCGUUAUCACCACUCGUAACUCAGUGGUUGAUCGAGAGGGCAUAGAGCUGUACUAUCUGGUGAUAGAAGCUGUGGACAAGGGAAGCCCAAGGAAGACAGCAACAUCGACAGUAAAAAUUACCAUACAAGACCAAAAUGACAAUCGACCAGUCUUUUCAGGCCUUUUCAGUGUUGCUGUUCCUGAAGACCUGCCUUUGAACUCUGUUGUUAUGACAGUGACUUCCACAGACCGUGACACUCCUCCAUAUGCCAAUGCUACUUAUCAGUUCAUUUCUGACUCUGAGUCUGUCUAUUUUGCGAUUGACCCAAUGAGUGGCAUCAUCACCAACAUCAGAACCUUAGAUGCAGAGACUAAAGAGAGGUAUCGUCCUAAAGUUAGCGUGUCAGACUCUGUAUUUACUCAACAGACAGAAGUUACCAUUCGUCUUUUGGACGUCAAUGAUAAUGCACCGCAGUUUAAGCCCCUGUCUUUUGACUUCAGAGAGGGACAGCCACGAGGCACACCUAUUGGCCAGUUAUUGGCAUCAGAUCUGGACAUCAGCUCUCCAAACAAAGAUUUCUACUUUUCUCUGAAGCGGCCAUCCACCCUGUUUGAACUGGAUGCAGAGACUGGCCAGAUCACAGCACUGACCAGCAUGGAAUUUGGUCAGGCUGAGGAUGGACAGGUGUCCAUGAAUGUUUACACCUUAGAGGUGCUGGUCACAGACCUUGGGGUUCCCUCUUUAUCUUCACAAACAGUUGUUACCAUUUCCAUCACAGAUGCAAAUAAUCAUGCACCCAUCUUUGAACAAAGUGACUAUAUGUCAGCAGUCCCAGAAAAUGCAGGUGUAAGGACUUCGAUUCUACAGGUUCAAGCCCAUGACUACCUUGAUGUGGGCAUGAAUGCAGAAGUUAAAUACAGCACAUCUAGUGGAAAUGGGUCCACUUUUUUUGGAGUUGAUGAAACCACUGGUGUUGUGUUUGUGAGCCAGUCUAUUCCAGGGACUGCGUGGCCGCUACUAUUCUUUGGUCAUUACCGCCCUGAUAAAGGCAACCCACCACAGUCUAGCGUUGCUUCUGUUGUUUUAAGUGUGACAGAUAUCAACAGAUAUUCGCCUGUCUUCCUAAACAAUUCUUUCCAGUUUAAUUUACUGGAGGAUGUGCCACUAGGCUAUUUGGUGACCACAUUCAGUGCCACUGAUCAAGACUCUGGCCUCAAUGGUCAGGUUCGUUUCAGCAUCACUGGAGGCAACGAGGCAGGUCUAUUUGCGCUGGACUCUACAACAGGCCGGCUUACAGUGGCUGGAUCACUUGAUUAUGAGAAGCAGCAAGCAUAUAUGCUAAAUAUCACUGCAUGGGAUUUGGGACUGCUGAGCAAGUCUGCAAGUCGUAUAUACACAGUUUCUCUCCUUGACAUCAAUGAUAAUGACCCCAUGUUUAAUCAGUCUGUUUACUAUGCAUUUGUGCCAGAAAAUGCAUCCCCAGGCACCAUUAUACUGAUUGUAUCUGCUGAUGAUCGCGACAGUGGUAACAACUCCAUUGUAAAGUAUGCACUUAGUGGAGAUCCAUCUGCUGGGAGAGAAUUUAUCAUUGAUGAAAGCCAAGGUCUGAUUUCCACUAAAGGGAACCUGGAUUAUGAAGCUCGUGAUUUCUAUUCCUUGAGUGUUACAGCUUACAACCCAGCUUGGGGUAACAGCACAAUGCGUAAGAGCGUGGCACAGGUCCGAGUGUAUGUCACAGGCAUCAACGAAUAUCCUCCGCGGUUUGUGCAAAAGUCCUAUUCAGUCUCCGUGAGCGAGUCUGUUGCAAUGAAUACAACUGUGCUAACUCUUCUUGCUACGGAUCAGGAUAAGGGAGUGGAUGGUAUAAUAUACUACUACCUAGUUGGAGCCAGCAACUUGCAAGGCUUUGCACUGGAACCUUUGACAGGAGCACUGAAGGUAGUAGGGCGGCCAGAUUAUGAAUCCUCACCUGUUAUCAUCCUCACAGCUCUUGUGAAGAACUGGGGCAGCAUCGCUGGCAAUGACACCGACACGUGCAUUAUCAGUAUUACUGUUAAAGAUGCCAAUGACCCACCAGUUUUUAAAGAACAGAUCUACAUAGCAAACAUUCCAGAAGAUUCUCCUAAAGACACUUUGGUGAAAACUGUUUCAGCUGUUGACAAUGACUUCCAGGAAGAGAACAGACAGUUUUCUUAUAAAAUUGAAAGUGGUAACGAAGGCAGAUGGUUCAGCAUUGAUCCCAGCUUCGGAGAAAUCAAGACCACUGGCUUUGGUCAGUUAGAUCGGGAGACUGUCCCAGACUACCGGCUGAUUGUGGUGGCCAUCGACAGAGGAAUCCCACCUCAGACAGGUACAUGUACAGUGACAGUGCACCUGGAUGACAAAAAUGACAAUGCACCAGCCUUCAGUCCCCCUAAUUUGGUAGCAUAUGUGGUGGAGGGCAGACCACCUGGUGAGCUUGUCAUAAAUCUUUCAGACAACACAACUGACUUAGAUCUGCCACCCAACAGAGGACCAUAUAAUUAUCAGGCGAUUUCAGGCAAUCCAGUGACUAUUUUGAAAUUUCCGUGGAAGGGCAUGUCCUUAACAAAAGUUGUUUUGAGCCGUGAAGACAAGCCCCAGUUUAAUAUCUCUGUUGUUGUUUAUGACAAUGGCCAACCACAGAUGUCCUCAACCUUGACCUUCAGAAUUAUUGUGAUGGACAUCAACAACAAACAGCCUCAGGAGAGACCCUUGACAGUGUGGAUGACACUUUUGCAAGGUAUGUCUGCUGUCGGUGUCAUUGGUGAUGUCAGGCCUCUGGACAUGGAUGUUGAGGGUAGCUACCAAUGCAGCAUUGAAAGAGGCGUUGGCUCUUUAUUCGCUAUCACAAGAGGAUGUAGCCUCUCCAUCACAGCUGAGCCUGACAGGACAUCAUAUACACUAAAUGUGUCGGGGUCUGAUGGUGCUUUUCCAAGAGUUUAUUACACCAUAACGAUCAACAUCCACAAGUACAGUCAGGCUAUGUUAGAUAAUUCUGUGGCAAUUCUUUUGGACAGAAUCAGUGCUAGCGAAUUUCUAAAUAAAUAUGAUGCCUUUUUAAAGGCCAUGCGGGAUGAAUUUGGCUCCUCCAGUUCUCCGCUUGUUCUCAGCAUCAAAGAGGACCAGCUUGACCUGUUUGUGUUUCUUGCUGUUGAGAACAGUGGAGUCGCUGUGUCUCAAAAUGAACUGAUACGGCGACUCAAAUCAGCAAAGUCUAUGAUCGAGAGCAAAGUCCCAGGGUUGAAAAUGAAAACUGUGCCUUAUCAGUUGUGCUCAGUGAGUCCCUGCCAGAACGGUGGUACAUGUACUACUCAGGUUUUGAUGACAGCCGGUUUUUAUGUGCAAAGCUCAGACUACAACAUCCUGACCUCAGCCACGCCUGGCCUGGGCGAGGCAUGCCUCUGCCCUCCAAGCUUUGGAGGAGAUCUAUGCAAGACAGCCCAGGAGAAAUGUGGACAGAGCUACUGUGCCAAUGGUGGUACAUGCCUGAGCACCAGCUGUCGGUGCAGGCCAGAAUGGACCGGUACAUACUGCGAUACCGAUGUCAAUGAAUGUUUGAGUCACCCAUGUCAUUCAGGUGGGAUCUGCUCCAACACCCCAGGAUCCUUCACUUGUGAUUGUUUACCAGGUUACUCUGGUGAGUUAUGUGAAAAUGUUAUUCACUGCUUCAGUCAGCCCUGCUGGAAUGGUGCCACCUGUGAAGACCUGUCAAAUGACUUUAUUUGCCAUUGCAGCUAUGGAUACUUUGGUAAAGAGUGCAACAAGUCGAGUGUUGGCUUUAAUGAAGGAUCUUUCCUGACUUUGUCCCCCAUCACAGAGUACAGCAAACUGUCUGUGGUACUGAUGUUUGCCACAGUGUCUGCGAAUGCCCUGCUGCUUUUCAAUCCAGUCAUUCUGAAUGGUGUGGCCAGCUCUAGAGGCUAUAUUGCUUUAGAGAUUGUUGGAGGGCAUCCAAGGUUUUCUUUCAAUCUGGAAGGACCUGGUGCAUCUCCAGUAGAAGUGCUUGUGCCAUAUGUUGUCAAUACCGGACACUGGUAUCGCCUAGAGGUCAACAAACAGUCAAGGAUGGCAUCUUUGGUUGUACAGAAGUGCAAUACUGGUGGGACUGAAUGUGAACCUUGUGGCCAGGCAGAUGGUUGCUCCAAAAGUCUUGACUUUCCACCACAAACAUCUGGAAUCCAAGGACUGAGCCUGACCAUAGGCGGCAUUGAGGAUUUCUCCUUGAUCCAGGGUCUGUUGGGUGCAGUCAAGAGCCACGAUUUUGUUGGCUGUGCAUAUUCAUUCACCGUCAAUGACAGAGACGUUCUCAACAAAGCUGCAGCUAUAAACUAUACUCGGCUGAGUGACACAUGUCCCCGCCAGCAAGAAGAAAGUCUGUGCGUUGCAGGAAGUUGUGCCAAUGGAGGAAAUUGUGUAGAUUUGUGGUCACAUUCAGAAUGUCUAUGCCCAAGCCAGGCAUCUGGUUUGCGAUGUGAAGCAAAGUGGCAGCCAUUUGGAUUUGGGCCAAAUGCUAAAGUCACUUUCAAGACAAAGGAGACUUAUCGGCGUAACCAACUUCUAAAACAAGCAGUGAGUGGCCGACGCCGAAGAAGUGCAUCAACAGCCUCAGACCUAAUGCUCCGUGUUCGAACUAAAGGAACAGAUGGCGUUCUCUUUUAUGCCAACACUGCAUACUCUGAACUAAUUCUCUGGAUGGAAGCAAGUACUCUCAAGCUUGUUGUAAACACUGUGGAAAUGGUCAAUGCCCCACUUAGUCCUUCAGUCAGACCUAGGUGAUUCUGAGUGGCACAACAUUAGUGUGGCAACAUUGGGCUCAGUUACUUACCUGCAGAUUCAAGGAGGACUUCAAAAAUCACAGGAUUUUCAUGCAAGCUUAGACAUUACAUCCCUUGAUGUCCAGACCAUGGUCAUUGGCGGUUCACGAA